AUGGAAAGAGAAAGUUCAAAAGAAUGCUCAGAUUUCUUUUUGUGGAGAAAGGGAAGCUUUUCAUCAAGAAAUCGUCCUUCAAGGAAUUCAACCUUGUUUUCGUCACGUCGGAGCCCAUGGUCUGUUUUGAAAUGCAGCCUAGUGAGCGAAGUUUUUGCAGAAUUUCAGGUACAUUUUGCACUCUAUGGCCAAGACAAUUACGUUUUUGAAAGGAAAUUUAUGUAUUUUUAAGUGCUUCAUAGACGUUUUAUAAAUUUUUCUCUUAAUUCGACGCUAUGAAAAAUUACAAAAUGUGCCCCGAUUUGAGAUAGAUUUUGUGUUGAAUUUUGCCAUGUGUUCAGCCGAUUUCACUUGCGUGAAAGGAUCCACGAUCCAGAUAGUGUUUUGCGAAUUGCUUUAAAGGAUUAACUCCGUUUGUAUUUUGAUUAAAAAUUUUCAAGAAACGGCUUCUCUGCCUAUUGUUUUGAGUUUGUUCAUUCAUAAAAUUAGCUCAAAACACGAUUGUGACCACAAUAUCCAAGCUGAAUUUAAGCUUAGUGCUUCUCACAUUCAUUACAAGCAUCACUUUUUGCGAAGAUGUCAGGUUCAGGUUUUGGACACUUUUCGAUACGCAGCUAAUGAAUUUUAUUCGAAAAUAUUUUUUACUGUUUAUUCUAGACUUUUAACAUAAGAAUUUUAGAAGCCUAUUUGCAGUAUAAGUUUACUGUCCAGAGGGUCAACGAGGCAUCGGUUUGAAGUGACAACUUCAAGAAGUCGCGAGGACAUCAGUGGGUUUCAUAAUAUUACGUUUGGCCAGGGUGGUAGGCCAAUAAUAUCCUGCUCAGUAUAAUUUCGGUAAGAUUCCUAGUUUCAACCUUUGAAAUCUUUCUCGGCUUUCGGGAGUUUUUCCCCCGUUUGUCGGCCAUUUUUUUAAGCGGGCGCGGGAACGUGAAGUAAAAUUACGUCACGUUGUUUACUAAGUUUGAUUGGUCAGUUAUCUCUUCUUCUCGUUCCAAAUAUGGUACUUUUCGAAAAUGAAUUAUCACGAGCAUCAGACAAAGCAAACAUAUGAGAGGGAGUUAUACGUUUCAACCCCUUAUGAGUUUCUGAUACGACUCAAACGUAUUCAGAAGUGUACUAUGGACAGUGAACUUGUUCACCAGCCUUUCAAGUUACUGUGUAUUUAUCAAGUUUUCGUAUCUAUCCAUUCGUCACAACAGUUGUAGUGUCUAAAGGAACAGAAACCAACAAGUUUUUCGGCUUUCCGACCUUGUCGCUCUGCAAUCUCAACGCUUUCAACACUCGGAGAUUUAGAGAUCUUUACAAUGGGUCGUCCAACGGACCUUUUAUUGACAGAUAUAUCAAAGACAUUUCUCUUAUGGCAACAAAAUCAGAGGAGAUUUUAACAAAAGAAUUUAAAUCCAGAAACAUAGGACCUUUUUAUCGCUUUCAAACGCCCGACCAAACGUUGGGUGUGAAAGGCAUCAUGAGCCAUCAAGUUGCUGAAAUGCUGCUUCCAAGCAAGUCUCGCAGUUCCAUUCAUGCUCUUUAA